GUCUAAACCGAGGAAGAAGUUUCAUUAAAAAAAAAAAAACGAGAGUAGCAGAGUCAAGACCAUCGACUGCGCCGAUUUACUUCCCAACGACUCUAUUCGUUUCUCCCAAAUUGAUAUCCAAAAAAUUGGAUUUCGAAAUGGCUAAUAGUAAUAGUAAUAGUAAUAAUAAGAAGAAGAACAAGCCUCUCAGUCUCAGAUUUUGUUCUCUGUUGGUUUUGAUAAUUUCAAUUCUAUUAUUAUCUUCUUCUACAGCCUUUGCCAAAUCUCGUCGCCCUAUCUCAGAUGCUGAGACGAGGCAAAAGAAGAACGAGUGCUAUGCUGAUAUUGAGAGCGGAAUGUGGGGUUGGCAAUGCAAGUCUUCAGUGGUUGAUAAGGAGAAUUGUGCUUUGAAAUGCCUUUCUCCAUCUUGUUAUGAGCUCGUCUACGGUAGCGAUCCGCUUGAGGAAGGAGAGAAAGAUCUCAUUAGAAGCCAAGAAUUCAAGUACUGUAUGCACAAGCUAUCAAUGGGAGAGAGUCUUGAGGGCAUCAAGGGUUCCUUUGACUAUUAAAGUUACGUUAAUCGGCAGCAUUCUGACAUGGUGCAUAUUCUCUGCCCCUGCCCCUACCCUACCAUUGCUCCCCCCUCCCUUAAAAAGAUCCCCAAGAAAAAGAAAAAGAAAAAUUGUAACUAAAUAUUUAAGCAUUUAAGUUUAUUUUGGUCGCUCUAUUUAUGACAAUUGACAUUUAUAGCGUUUUAUGGUGAUUUUUAACUUAUGGCACAUUUGAUACACUGUAAUGAUUAUUAUAUGGGUGUCAAUUCGGGUUA